CUAAGAGAGUUGAGGUUAGAGGUUAUGUUUGUUUGGUAUUCAAGCUACUUUAUACUCGUUUAGCCUACUCAAGUGCUUUUUUUAAAAUGUUAGAAAGUGAAAGUCCUGACGACGAAGGCCUAGGUAAAGAAACAAAUAAACGAAAAAGAGGUGUACGAAAUAUUGAAAAAUAUAAAGUGAAUGUUAUUAAAAAGGCCAGAAUUCGAGGAGAUGAAUACGUCAACUACAAAGGAAAUGUUACAGAAGCACGUACAACUGGAAUACCAUGCACGUGCAGAAUGAAAUGUUUUGAACGUAUAACUGAAGAGGAUCAAUUAGAUAUUCUAAAUAGAGGAGGAAGCUUUCAAAACAAAGAUGAACAAGAUUUAUUUUAUCAGUCAUUAAUAGAAGCCCAUCCUGUUAAAACUAGAAGAUCAAGAGUUACUACACAAACUGAAGAAGAACCUAAGCCUAAGCAUUCUGUUGCACAUGAAAGUUCUUUUACCUUUCAUGUACUGGUUGGUGAAAAAAGAACUAAAGUUUGCAAAAAGGCUUUUUUGAGUUUGUAUGGAAUAGGCGAUAAAAAGGUUAGAAGACUUAAAAAUUUACUUUUAAAAGGUAAGUCGCCUAGAGACUUAAGAGGACAGCAGAUGAAUAGGAAAACGUUUCCUAAAGAUUAUACGGAUCAAAUAAAAAAGCACAUUGAGUCCUUCCCUUUAAAAAUAAGUCACUACUCAUCUAAGGAAAUUAAGUACUUAGAUGCCAACCUUGAUAUCAAGAAAAUGUACAAUCUGUUCUUAGACAAAUUUGAGGGAAGCGAUGUAGUUUAUAGCUACUAUUAUAAAGUAUUUAAAGAGCAUUUUAACUAUCGGUUUGGAAGGCCCCAGAUUGACACAUGCUGUGAGUGUGAAAUGCUUAAUACUCGCAUUAAAAACCCUCAACUAAAUGAGACUGCUAAACGAGUUGAAAUUUCACCUCCCACUGACAUUCUGUAUAAAGAAAAAGUUCCUAUACCAAAGAAGAAAAUGGAUGACAUCAAGAAGCUUGUCCAAUACGUUCCUCAAGAACACCUAGCCUUUUACCAUGAGCUUGUUUGUUGGCCAACAAUUGAGAAAGACAGUUAA